UUCUCUAAAAUUUUCUCCUCUUCAUAUCAGUCUUUCUUUAUUCAUAAUUAGCUGCAAAUAAAAGCUAACUAACAAGAUUAUCUCACUGCUUCUUCUCCUUCUCCUUCACUUCAAACCAGCCCUUAUAAUUGUACCCGCCAUAACCAACAAAUUAGGGUUUCAAAUUUUCAAGAACAACAAGAACAAGUUGGUUAUGGCUUCUUGUAUUUUUUAGGGUUUCACAAUUUAGUCUCAGUCAAACAAGAAGGCACCGACCUUUUUUUCUUGGCCUCACAGAUCUUGAACCCGCAAUCUUCUUACCAAGAAACCAAAUCUUUUACUUCUUUGUGUUUUUAGUGUUCAAGAUCCAUUGUGAAGUGAGAAAAUAUGAACUUUGCUGAACAAGAAUCGGAGUUUUCUGAUAAACAAGAACCAGAAGAGGAGGAGGAGGAAGAAGAUGAAGAAUUAAUGACGAUGAACCAAACAACAAGUAAGCUUCCUUUUUCUUCUCCUAAUUCUUCUUCAUCUUCUUCUUCUACUCAAUUCAGAAACUUUCUUCCUCAACUUCAUCACUUAAACAACAACAACAAUCUAUGGCUUCCUUCGUCUGAUCAUCAACGCGACUCGUCUCCGAAUUUCGACAAGAAACUUGACUUGAUGGACUUAUCACUAGGAAAUGAUCAUCACAGUAUCAUUAAUGGCGGGGCUGUUACUAAUACAAGUGCUGCUGCGAGCAGUGCGUCUGAAAGAGAGCAUAUGUUUGAUAAAGUAGUGACUCCGAGUGAUGUAGGUAAGCUUAACCGGCUCGUGAUUCCGAAACAACAUGCUGAGAAGUAUUUUCCGCUUGAUUCGUCGUCGAACGAGAAGGGUCUUCUGCUGAAUUUCGAGGACCGGAACGGGAAGCCGUGGAGGUUCCGGUACUCGUAUUGGAACAGCAGUCAGAGCUACGUUAUGACGAAAGGGUGGAGUCGUUUUGUGAAGGAAAAGAAGCUGGAUGCGGGUGAUAUAGUGUCGUUUCAACGAGGAGUAGGCGAGUCAGGGAAGCAUCGUCUGUAUAUAGACUGGAGACGCAGGCCUAAUGCACCAGAUCCAACACAUUUUGAGCUACAAAAUCAGCUACACUUCCCACAGUCGGUGCGGUGGGGUAGACUCUAUUCAUUGCCUCAGCCUUUGUCGCCUCUGCCGAGAGUACCCUAUGACCAAUCUCAGUUCCACCAUUUGAAUUACAGUAUUCAACCUUACAAUAAUAGCAACAACAAUCAUCAUCAUCACUACCAAUAUCAACACCAGCAAUACGGCAACCCCCAGUAUUACUUACGGCCGCCACAGCCGCCCCCACCCGGAGUCAUACAAUUCGGGACAGUGCAUCAUCAGCAACAACAAGCUGAUCAUCAUCAAGCUGGAUCAACAAUGGUGAUUGAUUCAAUUCCGGUUGCUCACGGAAGAAGCGUAGGAAAAAGACUGAGGCUGUUCGGUGUGAACAUGGAAUGCCUAUCACAAGAUGAUCAAUCUUCUUCUUCAUCUGACAACAUGGUUCCAUUUUCUCCUCAUUUAGCUCCACAGUCAAGAUUAUCAAGCAGCAGCAGCGGCGGCGGCGGCUCGAUGUCAACAAGCAGACAGCAACCACCUGAUCAUCAUCAUCAUCCUCAACAACAUCAUCAUGAAUUUUCAAAGAAAGGAAAGACUUCUUUGUCUUUUGAUUUAGAUCUUUGAUCACAUUUUCAUUAAAACAAUCAAGAAUCAUAUAUUUUAGUUACUACAAUAUUUCUCUCUAAUUUUGCCAAUGGGUAAUUCAAGAAAAUAUAUUGAAUUUUUUUGUCUUUAUCUUUGUUUGUAUGUUCUUUUUUUAUCAUCGGAAAAGAAAAACGCUUGUAGGAGAAAUUAAAACCACGACUUUAACAGAAUGCUAGCUAGCAUUUUUUCCCUGCAAUUCUAACAAAAUUCUAACAUGUAUAUAACUGUUUUAUUACAAAAUUAUUGAGUGAUUGAUUUGAUUGAUAGAUAUUAUUUCCUUAUCCUUAACAAGAGCCUGGAGUUGCCAAUAAACUGUACUUUGAUUUCAAUUCUUGAUCAGUUAAUCUCUCAAAUGGACAGAUGGGUACAUUGUUAAUUGGUUGGAAUAGUAAAAAAGUUUUAGUCUUUUUAAUUUUAUUUGUAUUACCUUAUUAAGAUAAUUCUGUAGCUAUUGCUUAGUUUAUAGAGGUUUGCAGGUUUUUGUUGCAGAAAAGUUGCAGCGCUGUAAAAGCCACUUUUUUGUCUGGAUUAGUAGCAGCACAAAAAAAUGUUGAAAGAGAUUUAUCAUCAAAUGAGGCUAAUGGCACUAUCUCUAAAUUAAAUCUUUUCAGCUUUAUAUAAAAUUAUUGGAUUAUCAUAAUUACCACAAGUACUUUGAAGGACGACGCUUGCUUUCAGUAUGAUCAACACCUCUGAUGCUGGAAUUUGCCUUCAUGCCUAGUUCUUGAAAGUCUUUCUAUUUUUGGUAUGUGUAUAUUUUUACAUACCUCAUGAUUUAAAGUUAAAAAGAUUUCAAAAUAUUUUUGCGGUUAUCCAACUAUACUAGUUUUACAUAACGGUACCGACAUUCAAUUUAUUACUACAUACAAUAAUAAAACAUUAGUUUUUCAAACAACGAGAGGUUAUUUGAUCAAUUCAGGUCAAUUUUGUCUACGGGGCUAAAUGGUACAACGGCAAUCCGUCGGCCAUAUAGACAAAAUUUAGAUUGAAUUGAUGAGAUAACUCCCCAUUUUGAAAAAAAGAAUGUGAAGUUAUUAAAAUAUAAUAAAUUUGCGGCUAAAUUCAUCAUAUGGUUUUUAAACUAUUAGCUUUUGUUUCACUUUAUCCUUAAUAAAUAUUUUUCGCUUAAUUAGUCCUUAAACUAUUUAUUUUGUACAUUCAUGGUAUUGGUCCUUUAAUGGUUGGAAUUAUAAAAAAACGAUGUCGUUUGAAUUGACAUGAAACAACAUCGCUUCAUAUCUAAAAGAGUCAUAUGUCUAUAAAAUAAAUAGUUAAUGGACUAUUUAAAUGCAAAAUAUAUGUUAAGUCUCAAGUGAAAUAACAUCUAAUAGUACAACGGCUCAAUGAUGGGUUUGGUCUAAGUUUAAAUGUCGGUAAGCUUUUGUAAUAAUAAUAUAAUUGAGUAACCGCAUAAAUGUUUAACCCAACAAACUUGAGAUUACUUAAUAUAGAAAUGAAUAAUAUAGAAUUUCAUGGGUAAGAGCUUAUGCAAUAAAAAUAUAUGAAUUACAUACUAAAAGUCCAAAAUCUUGUAAGAAUUGAUCAUCUACUUUGGAGUGCUAAUGGUCUUUGAGUUGCAGUUGCAGAUGUAAGAAAAUCAGUUGAUCCAAACUAUGAAGGAAUUAUAGUAUAGAUAACAAUGCAAUUAUAAUCUUUGAUUCCUAAAAUCGGAUUCUCCUAGUCUAUGUUCUACUGAAACUUAAUAUUACUAUUUGCAGCAAAUUUAGUUUUUAGGGCAACUAGCUUACUUAAAAGAGCUUCCCAUUUGAUACAGUUACGUUUACAAUGAUCAUACUCAUUAUAAGAAAGGAUGCUUUUUAGCUCAUUUGAAAUCGAUGACUAAUCUUUUGAAUGA